GUGUAAAUCCACCGAAGAUAUUUUCAUGUGAGAUAAACUCAUUCACACAAUCACACCUUCAUUUUCUUCUUAAACGGAGCUACAGCUCGUACUCCGGUAGCUAUUCUCCGGAAUCUUCCACCGGAAAACACUCACAACCGACAUCACCGCCGUGAUUACGAAUAACAGUUUCUACAGGUGUAUAGGAAAUGGGAGUAAGAGUAGCGAGUGGUUGUCUGAACUGGUCACGAUCUACAAAUUACUGGCCAUCUUCUUCAUCACCUCAAACCCUAGCUUCCGCAAUCUCUUCACCGUCAACCAGAUGUCGGAGAUUAACGAACGUCGCAGUGCUUUUUCAGUAUCAACCGGCUAUGUUCGGAACAAAGUUGAACCGACCUCGUUCGCUUGAAUCUAGAGAUCGGAAAUCCACUAAAAACGUCGUCAAAGCUACCUUAGAUGCACAAUUUUCCGACGAAGAAUUCUGUAAAGAGAUUCAGGAACUAGCACUUACAUUUCAUCUAUCAGAUGAUGAUGAUGUUAACACAACAGACAGUGAAAUAGUACCGGAAUCAGAAACACAGAAUCCGAAUUUUUUCGUGAAUUCGAAUAUGAAACCGCCUGAGUGGACAGGCGAUAUGAUUCCUGCGAGUAUAGAGCGUAAGGCAAACAGCGUGGAUUUACCAUUUUCGCUACGAAUUAUACAAAAAAAGAAGCAAUGGCAGGAAGGUUUUAGAGAAGCAGGGGAGUCUGCUUACUGUUCAGUGAAGAAGGCGUUUUCUUCAAUGGUGUUUAUAAUUCGUGAGCUUCAAAGUUACACUCUACAAAUGAGAGAAGCUUUGUUUUAUGAAGAUUUACAAGGGGUGUUGGUGAGAGUACAGAAAGAGAUGAAUGCAUCUUUUGUAUGGCUAUUUCAGCAGGUUUUUUCACAUACUCCUACAUUAAUGGUGUAUGUGAUGAUUCUUUUAGCAAAUUAUAGCGUGCACGCAAUGUCCAAUAAUGUAGCCUUUGCGGCGGUUCAAACCACCAUGGAGUCUAUUUCAUUUGUUGACAUUCAGAAGCCUACCAAUAUUGACUCUUCAUCAGUUAAGACUUUUCCUGUGGUUUCAAAUGGGAAACACACCUCAAUUGAUGGCAUCAAUGGUGGUGGUGGUAAAUCUAGACCGGUAGCUAGCGGCACAGACGGUGAGGAGAGUUUCAAUGGGGCGGUCGGACAUCACCAGAAGGUUAUUCCGGAUGAAACCUCCUCGGCCUCAACGAUAAACCCGUCGGUUUCGGGUCAGGUGACCCGGGAAGAGGAAUCGGGUUUAUGGCAAUUGAUUGUGGAAGAAGCUGUUGAUAUGCAGGAUGUGAUUAGAGAUGGUGUUUUAGAUCAUCACACCAUGCAAAGAUUUGUAUCUCCAGUGAAUGCAAAAGUUAUGGAAGAAGAUAAUGCAUCAGAAGGCCAUUUUAGAACAGAUCUUUUAUAUCAAAUGGGUUUAUCUGAAGAACCAGAUAACACUCUUCUCCUGGCUAAUUAUGCUCAGUUUCUCUACAUCAUCGCCCAAGAUUUUGAUAGAGCGGAAGAGUAUUUCAAAAGGGCUACUAAGGUAGAGCCAAAAGACGCAGAAGCACUAAGCAAAUACGCAAACUUCUUAUGGGAAGUAAGAAAGGAUUUAUGGGCUGCUGAGGAAACUCUAUUGGAAGCCAUAUCUGUUGACCCCAUUAACCCCUUCUAUGCAGCCACUUAUGCAAAUUUUCUCUGGGCCAAUGGACCCGACGACACUUGUCUCCCGGUUGAUUCGCCUGAAAUCACCAAUUCUUGACCUUUAUCCACCGCAAAGUCGGUUUAGGUUAGUCGUGUGGUUGAUAAUAAGGAUGAAAUGAAAAAAAAAGUGUAAGUUUAUGGCCGCUUAAUUUGUGGUUGAAGAGGUGUGUGGUUAGUACUGUUAAGGAAGUUUUCACAGCGAAUGUGAUGGAUGGUGGCACGCGUGUUCUGGUUGAUACACGGACCUAUGGUGGUGUCGUGGUGGUGACGGUGGUGGUGAUGGUGGUGGUGAUGAUGUUUUCAAGUUCUAGUUUGAUUAUAUUUUAUUUCCGCUACAAAAUGUGAUUUUGUAAGGGCCAACAAUUGUAAUUAAUUUUUCUUAAUUUUGUUUAUAAAGGAUAAUUAAUACGUUACACA